CGAGUGGGCCCGCACGCAGACGACCGCGAAGGGCCAUGAUAUCCCUCGCGCCCACCACGAAACCCACAGCGCGCCCCGGCCCCUGGCGGUCGGAUCGACACGGCCCCGUCGUCGCCGCUGGGCGCGUCGCAUCGGAAGCUCCGCGAACCAGGCGGACCCGCGGCGCAUCCCCCGUCGCUGUCCAGUCCGCAGCUCGCCCGCUCGCGUCCCCAUCGACCGCCGCGGCGAUACUCGCGAUCGCCCUCAACGCGUCCGCGGUCCAGCCGUCGUUCGCAUCGUCCGAGGAGCUGUUCACCAGGACGUGCGCGGGUUGUCACGCGGCGGGUGGCAACGUCGUUCAGGCUGGAGCGACCCUGUUCCCGGCGGACCUGACUCGCAACGGCGUCAACGACGCGGAUGCGGUGUACGACAUCAUCUACGGCGGCAAGGGUAAGAUGCCGGGGUACGGCGAGGGAUGCGCACCCAAGGGGCAGUGCACGUUCGGGGCCAGGCUGAGCGACGAGGACGUGAGGGGUCUCGCGGGGUACGUCCUCGAGCGCUCCGCCGCGGAAUGGAAAUGAGAUGAGAUGAAACAUAGCGCCGGCCGAGGGCAGCGACUCGUGGAAACCAGACGAAACUAAUCUUACGUUC